AUGCCCCGAUCCUUUCUGGUUAAGAAAGAAGAAGAAAACAUGAGUGAAACCACAGUUGACCCACAACACAGAAGUGCCUUCACCAUCGUAUCCCCAAGAAGAAAAGAUUUAUCUACCGACACCGGUAUGCGAUCACCGUCACCAACUCACUCGUCAAAAUCUACGUCAUCACUCUCUCCAGGAAGUGGAUCAAUGUCGGACGGAACAGAGGAUAACCACCAAGGGCAGAUAAGCCAGUCGUCACUCGAGGGGUCAAACUUUAAUGCAUUCAGGCCUUGGCUGUGUGAGCCGAUUAAAAAACAAGCACACACGAACAAAGUUCCAUCAUGUAUAAACGUACCCUCGCACGCGGCCCUCCAGAACGCUCUCAAAACUGCCACCAUGUCUGACUUGUACCGGUACCAGUUCGCUCAAGUGUUCUACCGCUCUCCUCUCUUCUCGUACGGCCAGGCGUCCUUCUGGACAGAUCCGCGCCUCUACAGGUUCUUCGGACAGCGGAAGGACAUGGCAAAUCCAUUCCUGCCAAAUAUGAUGAAGUAUUCAGAAGAAGGCGAGGUUACUGGUUUAGUCAAAGGUUCCUUCGAAUGUAUGAAAUGUAUGAAACAAUUCAGCACUCCACACGGACUCGAGGUGCAUGUGCGACGGUCCCACAGCGGACGACGACCGUACGCAUGCGAGGUGUGUAAUAAGACGUUUGGACACUCCGUCAGUCUGACACAACAUAGGGCGGUUCACACACAAGAAAAGAGCUUCCAAUGUCAGCAAUGUGGGAAAAGCUUCAAACGCUCGUCCACUCUGUCCACACAUCUCCUCAUACACAGCGACACACGCCCCUACCCGUGUCCUUACUGUGGAAAGAGGUUUCACCAGAAAUCCGACAUGAAGAAACAUACCUACAUACAUACAGGAGAGAAGCCGUACAAAUGCACGCACUGUGGCAAGGCCUUUAGUCAGUCAUCAAAUCUCAUCACACACUGUCGUAAACACACAGGAUUCAAACCCUUCUCCUGCGACAAAUGCGGUCGCUCCUUCCAACGCAAGGUGGACUUCCGGCGACACCAUGAGACGCAACAUACUGACGAAUGUGUUCCGGUGGAAUCAGGAAAAACAGUUUCGUCGCUGUCACCGCAACACGUGACAGGUCUGUGA